AAAUAGAAAUAAAAAGCCCAUCCAUGAUUUCACUUCAACCCUAGAUUAUCCCCACCUUCUUCAGAUAAAUUGGCAGUUAUUAAAAUUGAAGGGUCUUCUUCUGCUUCCUUUUGAAGCUGAAUCCUUAGGACACGCAACUCGCUCCAAUGACAAAGGGAACAGGGAGUUUCGGAAAGAGGAGGAACAAGAGUCACACUCUGUGUGUAAGAUGCGGUCGUCGUAGCUUUCACAUCCAGAAGAGUCGCUGCUCCGCCUGCGCGUACCCUGCCGCUCGCAAGAGGACCUAUAACUGGAGUGUGAAGGCGAUCAGGAGGAAGACUACAGGAACCGGUAGGAUGAGAUAUCUCAAAAAUGUCCCCCGCCGCUUCAAGACUUGUUUCAGAGAAGGUACUGAAGCCAAACCAAGGAACAAGGGAGCAGCAGCAGCUUCAUCAUCCUAAGAAAAAUGAGUCCAUUCCGUCUAAAGCGCAACAAGGAGUAAAGCCUACCUUUGUAUCUCAUUAUCUCUAGUUCAGUAGUUGUGAUAACAAUAUGUUACGUUUUAUUGUGUCUGCCUAUAAAGUUUUGAGCGUUCAGUCAAAUACAUUCCAGGUUCGGGGUUUGAUUGAUUACCAUGUCAUAAACACGGACAAAUCUAUGCAAAACCUUGCCUUUUUGUA